AUGACAGCCUCUGACCAUCGGGCAAAGGCCACGCGAUACAAUUUCGCCGUGGCCUUCUAUGUCGCCUUGGGCUCGUUCACAUAUGGCUUCAAUUCGGCCAUCAUCGGCUCCGUAAUUGGCAUGCCAUCAUUCUACGCCUACUUUGACUUCGUGGCCACCAGCUCCUAUGGUGGUUCCAUCAUCGGUGCUUGCAACGGGCUCUACGCAGGCGCUGGUGUCUUGGGAUGUUGGGCUGUCUUCUGGUUUGCAGACAAGUUCGGCCGCAAGGUUGCGAUCCAGGUGAUUGCGGCAAUCUGCAUUGUAUCAGCUGCCAUUCAAGCUGGAUCUGUGCACAUUGCCAUGUUCCUGGUGGGAAGAUUCCUCAACGGCUUCGGCGUGGGCAUGAUCAACUGUGCCAUUCCCACCUACAUUUCCGAGAUCUCACCAGCUGCUCAGAGAGGUCUGGUUGUGGGCUCCCACGGCUUCAUCAUCUGUUGCUCAUACGGCGCAGCCGGCUGGGCUGGCUUUGGCAUCUAUUAUGAGGACAACCCGGCCAUCCAAUGGCGACUUUUGGUUGCCCUUCAGAUCGUUGCUCCUUUGUUACUGCUUCUUGGAAGUCCCCUCAUCCCCGAAUCACCUCGAUGGUUGAUCGAGAACGGAAGGUCGCAGGAAGGCUUGGACAUCCUGAUCCGGCUUCACAAGAACAAGCACGAUGUCCACGAUAUCGGAGCGCGAGAGGAGUUUGUCCAGAUCCAACGACAACUCUUCCUCGAACGGUCCAACAGAGUCCCGGGUCUCUUCAAAAUGUUCACGAUCCCAUCCUACAGGAAGCGCCUGUUCUACGGCUUCUUCCUUCAGGCCAUGUGCCAGAGUACUGGUGUCCUUGUUAUAUCCAACUACAUGGUGACCACGUUGAACAAUCUGGGAUUGAGUGGUUCAACUCCCCUUCUCAUUCUUGCCGUCUACAAUUCAUGGGCAGCUAUUUUGAACUACGUCAAUGCUCUCAUCCUCGACCGCUUCGGACGUAUCAGGAUUGUGACAACUGCAGUGAUCGGAGCCAUCAUCUGUGUCUGCAUCGUCACGGCCCUCGUCGCCCACUAUGGCGGUCCUAGCAACACCAACAAAGCGGGCUCUGGCGCCGCAGUGGCUUUUAUCUUCCUGUUCGUCACCUGCUACGGACUCGGCGUCGAUGUCACCAGCUACGUCUACUGUGCUGAGAUCUUCCCAACCCACAUGCGGACCCGUGGAGUCGGAUUCUCCGUCAGUGGGCUCUUCUUGAUGACAACCGUCUACACGACCGCGGCAGGCCCGGCAUUUAACAACAUCGGCUGGAAGUUCUACCUCGUCUUCAUCAUCGUGACGUCUCUCAUGGUGCCGUGGGUCAUCCUCUACUUCCCCGAAACCAAGGGUCUGAGCUUGGAAGAGAUCGGCGUGCUCUUCGGAGACGAGGUCGCCCUCGACUUGACUCACCUGUCCGAGGAAGAGAGGGCCGAAUUCGACAGGAGCAUCGCAGACCAUCUCCCCGUCGGCUACAACGAAUUGGAAAAGGGGGGUUCGGUCAAGAACGAGAACGUCCAGCAAAUCGAUGAUGUCGGAGACGAGGCUGAGAAUAAACAGAAAUAG